AUGUAUCAUAAUUUAGCAGACCAUAGACAGCAUACUUCACAUGUCGGAGGCACAGCGGCCUAUCUAGAUGGUAUAUUUUAUAAUAGGUAUAGACUAAAAGCAAAUUAUCAUAAAAAGGAGAUUUUUCUUAAUAGAAUGAAUACAUAUGGCCUUCAUCUACUUCAGGAUGAAUGUGUCUUUGCUAUGGGUUCUGUGAAUUGUUUGAGAUUCCCAAUCGGCAAACACGAAAAUUUACAAAAAAGGAAAUACAAUAGCAUGCGUGUUAUGUUUAACAGUAGGGACUUUAUCGGAUCAAGUCCACUGGGGAGAAUAGUAAAAUCAUGUAUUUAUGCGAAAACAUGUAUAAAACGACUCCAACUGAUAAGUCAUCCGAGUUUGGUACAGAAUAUAAAGCUUCAGAAGUAUAAAUCAUUGCCUUCAAAAAAGGAUCAAAAAGCCAUUUAUGCAAUUUACAGCACUAAGCACACUAAAUUCAACAAGUAUCAGCUGUGGCUAUCAUCACUGAAUAACAACAUCAAACACAAAUCAAGAUGGUUAAGUGCACUUAUGAAUGGAAUUGCAGAAGCCAUUCCACGGCAAAAAGGAAAGCUGUGGCAUCAGAUAUUUCAAAGCUUGGGUACAAUGAAUAUACGAGAUAAUCGUUUCAAAAGCGCACUUAAAUUUUUCACGAGACCUUCAGCUACUGAAAAGACCACCACAAAAUGGGUCAGAUUAAUUCGACACUACUUUACCAAUACUACAACAAAUCUCAGUAUGUCUUUAGUACUACCUCAGAAUGGAAAUGCAUUCGAUACACAAAAAUCACGCAUACAUGUUAAUUGUUGCAAAGGAGAUCAAAAACGUAUCCAAACUGUACUUGAGAAGCCGAAAGGGGUGUUUGCCACUAUCGUUUACGCUAUUUUAUUCGUGACAAAGGUCACGACGUUGAACUUAUCUGCUCAAAAGUGUAAGCGGUCAAUUGAGAAGGAUUUAGAUUUUGAUACAAAGAUACCAAGCAUAACAAAAGUGUACAGCUUACUAAUCUACGUGAUGGUAACUUCAGCAGGCUUAAAAGCUCUUACACAGAGGGCAAUCUCGAAUCUCGCAGCAAUACCAACGGUAGUGGCGAGCAUAAACCAGUCGUUAAUGAGGAACACCACACACUUAUGUCUUGUUUCUUCCAUUUCCUUGCCAUCAAGAUCUCGAACUUCUGUAACAGUCAUGAAUGGAUCACUACCGCGACAUGAAGGCUGUUACUUUAUUAUUUUUCUGACAUUCAAUGAACAAUUUAGUAUACUAGCAAAAACAAAUUAUUUUGCAUCAAUCAAAACAUUGCGUUAUUCAUAUGAUAAACUAAAGAAGCUUUUAACUUAUGACUUUCAAAAUACUGCUGAUAUUAAUUAUUCGAGAGGCAUUUUUAUAUGGACACGCAAUUCAUUGAUCGUUUUUAUCUUCUCAAAUCAUGUUAAGAAUUUGGAUGCUAACUGCAUUAAAAUUCAUACAAUAAGAUUCUGUACUACCUAUGUGAAGGCUACAAGUUUUCCUAAGAAUCAAAAUGAUCAGGAGCAUUUAAAAGGAGAACAAACUUAUGAAUAUUUCUUCAAUUUCAUUUGUUGGUUAGAAAUAGUAGGAGCGAAGGGUCUCUACAUGGAAUUUUAUGUUUGUUGUUUAAAUAAGGCAUAG